CUCUCUGCUAGUAAACAAGUAAACAGUGUAGCCGUCAGCAUGGAUGGCUCUCUUCUCUUGUCAGGCUCUGAAGAUCAAACUGCUCGUGUUUGGCAUAUUUACAGCAGACAGUGUCUGAGGGUGCUGAAUCACAGAGGUAAUAUGGACCUUUUGAUUGAACUCCAGUCAGUUCUUGCUUUGCGGACACCUCACUAUUACAGACACAUCAAUAAUACCUAUAGCAGCUACACCCCUAGGCAAAAAAGUUAUUACACUAGUUUGACUAAAUUUAUCUUUCAGUGUUACUGACUCCCCAGGGGAGGGGAGGUAUCCAACAAAGUUUUUUACGCGAGGCCCCGCCGCGAGGCCCCGCCCCGAGGUCCAACCUCUUAUAUUUUUAUACACAUUUUUGCCAGAAAAAGUACUCCUUUCAUUGACAAAUGGUAUCCCUCGGACAUACCUAGUUUAGAACUUCACAUCGCUUUUAAAUGUUGAAAAUGCACACUCUUUAAGAUACGAAUAAACCUGAAACAAGAACGUUUUCUCGACUUUUUCACGGCCAUAAAAUGCAUCUGUCAGUCCUUUAGGCCUUUUAACGCACCAAAAUGACAGAUUUCCCUACCCUUUCACACACUUAGCAAGCAGCGACAUUAUCAUGUGAUGGAAAGGAGAAGUGUGACGUCACGUUACCAUGGUAGCAAAAUUUCUGGAUUUCUGAGCUUAAGGUGACGUUACACGAAACGAUUCGCAACGACGAUUUUUAGCGCAACACGGUUUUGCAAUGUUGGGACAGUGUUGCAAUCAUUUGCAACAAUGUUUCAACGCUGUUUUGCGCUAAAAAUUGUCGUUGCGAAUUGUCCCGUGUAAAACUUCCUAAUUUCACUCGCCCACUUUAUGGAGUAGGUGAAUACAACACAAAAAUUUCUAUUUCUUUUUGUUAGCUUGGAGACGGUCCUUUGAGACUCAACCCCAGAAAAUUUUGCCAAAAUCUGGCAAAUUAAAUGAAAUUGAAUAAGAUCGAUAAAACAGUGCGAAUUCAGUUUUUAAGUGACGUUUUCGGUUUGUUGUCACCCAGAAAUUUUACUGCCAUGGCAACGUGACGUAUUGACUUCUCCUCUCUAUAAAUAUAUAAGCUUUGGCAGCCUUCAACAACGAAGCCAACCUACCAUGUUUCUUUGCAGGCGGGGUGACAAACGCUUGUAUCAUUCCCAGGCCCCUCUAUCUUGACAGUGCCCCUACAAAGUCUUCCCUUUCUCCGAUACAGCCUUUUAAAAGACACAUGUAUGUACCUGUACAGUCACGUGAUCGUCAGUUGACGGGUCUUUCAAGUUCAAGUGAUGGCGGCGAAUCUCACUCAGAUGGCAUUCCCAUGAUCCUUAGGGGGAAAUUGUUCGCUGAGGUAUGACAAUGGUAACUAGAAAAUCUCAAUUUGGACUCAGCGUGAGACAAGGGAUGCUUUUAAUUUUAUCAUUCGGUACAAGGUGGUUUCAAUGAGCGAGCCUGUGACCAUUCACAUGAAAGCUGCGGAGGUCUGCACAGUAUUUUAAGCUUUUUCGAGCAGAAGGUUCUAAAUUUUGAGUCUGUGGAUGAAAUCUUAUCGUAUAACCGUGCUGCCACCAUAAAACAUAAGAAAGAUCACGGUACGGAUAUCUUUUUUACCGUGCUAAAAAUUUUCGAAUGACUUACCAAGCAAACUUUGCUUUUUUGUCAUUUUUUUCUGAUCCUGAGCAUUAUUAGCUUUAAUCUGUGUGUUAGAUAACCGAUUCAGUUGGGUUUUUUUGUUUGUCAGGGAAACAAUCUAGAAAAUUUAGAGGACAAGCGUGAAGUGAUGGUGCGACAAAUUCUCAAUGACGUAAGUGCCUUUGAUCUUAAGCCGCGUUAUAUUUUCUCUGUAAGUUAAAUACAGAGCCUCUGUAUGGCUAUUUGCGACGAAACCGAAGCGGCGAUGAUCGCUAUUGAUGAAGCGAUGAUCUUAAAGAUUAAAGCGACGAUUGCAUGGUCUUUCCAAUCAAGCUAAACAACGUUAGUCGUGCAAUGACGGCAAAGAAAUCUGCCUAAAACUGUGCUGCGCGUUCAGAGUUUUAAACCCGCUGCAGUUUUGUUUUCUUGUUUCGGUCGUGAUUGUGGUUGCGCUGAGCUCGCUAUUAGCGUCACCACGCAAAACAAUUCUUGAUAUGCGGAGAUUUUAACUGAAGAGUCGAUUAUUUGAUGGAAAACGUGCGACGACAUCGACGUCCUUAAGUACCCGGCCAUACAGAGGCUCGGCUAAGAAUUAAGGAAAUAAUCAUUAAACCUCUGCCUUCAAACUUACUCUCCUAAGCGACAAGCUCUAGUAAUCACCAGGUUUUUAACAAACUUGAGAUGGUCACUUGAUGAGAUGAUUUUCUUACCGAAUUGGUUUUCAUGUUAGGUCUCCAAGUUUGACGGACGCGAUGCUGGACUAGAAGAGAAGCGAAAGCUAUCUCGUACGGAACUGGAGGAGGAAUUAGAAAGUGUCAAACGAGUAAACCGAAAGUUUUACAGAUUUGCCGUGGACGAGUUGAUGAAAGAGGUCUAUGAAGUCAAAGAGAAAGAUGGUACCUGA